AAACAUUCUUGGUCCUAUAAUACCUCCAAACAGCUGCCCAUCAAAAACAAAAUAGGUAAUCAGUCCGAAACAACGAAAUCCAGAGUUAACCAAUACCACCGUUCCACAACCAAAGAAGGGUCCUCAUUUUUGAUUGAAGAAUUGUAAAAAGUUUCAAUCGUUUUUCAGAUUCAUUGAUGUUUAUUCCACAACCCCUUUGAUUAUUUUCAAUUCAUUCAUUAUACAAAAAAAAAAAUGCAAUCUCAAAUGCUUCCGAUAACUAUGCCAUCACCAACAAUGUUGUUUAGAACAGAGAAUGGUGAUGAUGUUGAUGAUGAGCAGCAUAGUCGUCUUUUGUUAUCUUCAUCCUCAUCAUCAUCUUCUUUAUCAUCUAAUAAAGAUGAUAAUAGUAAAGAAAAGAUGCCAUUUUUAUCUAGGGCAUUAAGUUAUACCCAUAUUACCCAUCUCAUUAGUAAUAAGAAGAAACACAAGAGAAGGCGUGGAAAUUCUAGUGAUGAUAGUCUUCCUUCUUUUUCUAGACAACAAUCAACACUUACACAAGAGGUUACACAUGCUGCUUCUGAGACUUACUUGAUUACUCGUCUUGGAUUCGAAUUAUUGCGUUAUCUGGGGGUAGGCUAUAGAUGGAUCACAAAGUUUCUUGCCCUCGGCUGUUAUGCAAUGCUACUUGUGCCAGGUUUUAUCCAAGUUGGAUAUUAUUAUUAUCGGUCAAGACAGGUUCAUAGAGGUAUAGUUUAUGGAGAUCAGCCAAGGAACAGGCUUGAUCUUUAUUUACCUGAAAACACUGAUGAUGGGCCUAUGCCAGUUGUUGCAUUCAUAACCGGUGGAGCCUGGAUUAUCGGGUAUAAAGCAUGGGGUUCUCUUUUAGGGCAACAACUAUCUGAAAGAGGUGUUAUUAUGGCAUGCAUAGACUACAGGAAUUUUCCUCAGGGGACCAUGAGUGAUAUGGUGAAAGAUGCUUCUGAAGGGAUCUCAUUCGUUUGCAAUAACAUUGCUGAUUAUGGAGGCGACCCUAACAGAAUCUAUUUGAUGGGCCAAUCCGCUGGUGCGCAUAUUGCUGCUUGUACUCUUCUGGAACAGGCUACUAAAGAAUUAGGGGAAGGAGAUAAAACUUCUUGGAGUGUCUCUCAAAUAAAAGCUUAUUUUGGUUUAUCGGGAGGGUACGACUUAUUUAAGUUAGUUGAUUACUUUCAUGAACGUGGUCUGUAUCGUUCAAUCUUUCUUAGCAUAAUGGAAGGGGAUCAAUCUUUGAGACGAUUUUCACCUGAAGUUAGGGUACAGGACCCGAGCAUUAGAAGUGCAGUUCAGCUCUUACCUCUUAUUGUCCUUUUCCAUGGAACUGGCGACUAUUCCAUCCCUUGUGAUGCUAGUAAAACUUUUGUAGAUGCACUUCAGAGAGUUGGAGCCCAAGCUGAACUAAUUUUGUAUGAAGGAAAAACUCACACAGACGUGUUUCUUCAGGAUCCAAUGAGAGGUGGUAAAGAUGAAUUGUUUGAGGACAUACUUUCAUACAUUCAUGCUGGUGAUAGUGCCGCCCUUGCCAAAGAUGCAGUGGCUCCUCCAAGAAGACGUCUUGUUCCUGAGUUCAUGUUGAAAUUGGCUCACAAGGUUAGCCCAUUUUGACAACUUCGGCUGUGCUGAGGUUCCAUCCACCUAAUAGGUUAGCACUUAGCAUGUAUAAAUUUGUUAAAUGGCUGAUCUCCUCAAUGUAUGUAUAAAUUUGCACCACGGCGUUGUUAAAGCUUUAGCUAGCUAUCCUUUGAUAUUCUAAUCAUUCUUUAUUCUGCUUCCCUUCCUGCUAAUUUGAUGACCAGGGAACAGUGUAAAAUCUUGUAAUACUAGUUAUUGUAUUAGUUUCAGUUGAUUUUGUAAUAUGAAAUUUGCAAAGAAACCUAGUAAAUUGACGUGGCAUCAUGUUCAUGAUGUAAUAAGCUCAGUUAUACUUGGAUCUGUUGAAUUAUCAUGUUAAAAACCA